CCCUGCCCUCUCAUAAUGCAGCAUGGACGAGAGAAGGCGCCGUUGUAGCUGUUACCAUCCGACAGACAACGUCUAAUAACUCUACACCCCGGAUAACUCGUCCAAAGUGAUGCUUCAAUCAUGCCGAUAGUCGACAAACUCAAGGAGGCCUUGAAGCCGGGCCGCAAGGACACGAGUGAGGAGGCGGACCUCAACAAGCUGUUGGCCUCCUCCGCCAAGAAAGUCCUCCUGCAGAAGAUUGAAUUCGAACCAGCAAGCAAGGGCUUCUCCUACCAACUGGACAGCCUGAAAACCAAGUAUGUGAUCCUGAACCCCCGGAACGAGGCAGCGGCUGGGCAGAAGGCGUCCGAGUCCACGCAGAUAAAGAGGCAAGGCUCGGAGAACGUCAAUGGGGGCCAGAGCGACGGGGUCCCCCCCCCUCAGAAGGUCCUGUUCCAUGGGAGCCGGCUGGCCCUGAAGUGGGAGCGGGUCUACCGCGUGGGGGCUGGCCUCCACAACCUGGGCAACACCUGCUUCCUCAACUCCACGGUGCAGUGCCUCACCUACACGCCGCCCCUCGCCAACUUCCUGCUCUCCAAGGAGCACAGUCGCACCUGUCAUCAGUCGGGCUUCUGCAUGAUCUGUGUGAUGCAAAAUCACAUCAUACAGGCGUACGCCAACACAGGGAACGCCAUCAAACCGGUGUCCUUCAUCAGAGAUCUCAAAAAAAUCGCCAGACACUUUCGCUUCGGCAGCCAGGAGGAUGCUCAUGAAUUUCUACGUUACACCAUCGACGCCAUGCAGAAGGCCUGCCUGAACGGCUUCCCCAAACUCGACCGUCAAACUCAGGCGACCACGUUGGUCCACCAGAUCUUCGGUGGCUAUCUCAGGUCAAGAGUCAAGUGCUCUCUUUGCAAAAGUGUGUCGGACACCUACGAUCCUUUCCUGGACAUCGCCAUAGAGAUCCGGCAAGCGGCCAACAUCGUCCGUGCGCUGGAGCUGUUUGUAAAGCCGGACUUCCUGAGUGGGGAGAACGCCUACAUGUGUGCCAAGUGCAAAAAGAAAGUUCCGGCCACCAAGCGCUUCACGCUCCACCGGGCGUCCAACGUUCUGACGCUGUCGCUGAAAAGGUUCGCCAACUUCAGCGGGGGGAAGAUCACCAAGGACGUGGGUUACCCAGAGUUCCUGAACAUCAGACCCUACAUGUCCCAGAACAUCGGAGACCCAGUGAUGUACGGUCUCUACGCUGUCCUGGUGCAUUCUGGUUACAGCUGCCACGCCGGUCACUAUUACUGCUACGUUAAGGCCAGCAACGGCCAGUGGUACCAGAUGAACGACUCCAUGGUGCACUCGAGUAACAUCAAGGUGGUGCUGAACCAGCAGGCGUACGUCCUGUUCUACCUGAGGAUCCCUGAGACCAAGAAGAACGGUGACGGACACGCCACCAAGCAGGCCCUGAUGCAUGCUGGGAAGAACAACCUGGGCCCGGAGCAGAUCCGCAAGGCCAGCUUCAACGGGCCUCUGUCCUCCCCGCAGAUCACCAAGAAACUGGAGCCCGCUCAGCUACGCAAGAUCCAGUCCAUGGACAGCGGCCUGGGCGUCCCCAUCUCGCGGAACGGCGCCGGCCCCCCCCAGGCCAAGAUCUCCAACGGGACCUCGGCCUCGCAGGGCCCGUCGAAGCCUGCGGGCGGGCCCACGCUGAUCGACGAGCCCUUCAAGAAGCUGAAGAAGCCCCCCCCUCAGAGCCUGGCCUUCCAGCGCAGCAGCACGCCCGGCCCCUCGCACGGCAAGACGGACGGGGACCGCCGGCCGGCCGGGGACGGCAGGGGCAUCGCGGCAUCUACCUCAACCAAGUCCCUGUCGGACUCCUCCUCGGCCGACACCACUGACUCCAAGGACUCCCCGGGUCCCAAGAGCGCCCCCGCCGGCGAGACGCCCUCCACGCCCAGGAAGGGCUCCAGCAGCCUGUCCUCGCCGGCCCGCAGCGUGGACCGGGGGGGCCCCGGGGCCACGGAGGAGCAGAAGAAGGCGGCCAAGCCCCCGGCCCUGAGCCUCAUCACUGCCGAGGCCUCCUGCACCAUGUCCCCCCCGCCCGCCAAGAAGCUGGCCCUCUCUGCCAAGAAGGCCAGUCGCAGCAGCAGGAGUCCGAGAAGCUCUGACGCUUCGCUGCCCCCCUCACGCCAGCUGUACAGUGACCCCCCACACCCACCUCAUACCCCCCUCACAUCGCCCUCUCACACCGACCCCCACAGAGCUGGCCCAUUCCAUUCCCCCAAACUGCAGUCCCCGCCCUCCUCCCUGGCCACUCCCCCCGGCCCCUCCAAGCCCCGCCCUCAGACACCUCAGAAGCCCGCCCCCGCCCCGCCUCCUCAGUCCAACGGCUUCCACGCCCCUCCACCGGGCGGCGCCCUAGAGACCACGGUAACCCAGAGGAAGAAGAGGAAGAAGAGGAAACGGCACCACUCCGAGGUCGAGGCUGAGGCCGUGGCGCCGGACGAGGCUCCGCACCCCCGGGCCACCCAGCCCCCCGGGCCCGCCUCCCCAGAGCCCCGCGAGGACAAGAAGCAGAAGAGGAGGAAGAAGAAGAGGAAGCGCGAGGAAGAGGACGGAGGAGAGCCGGCGGCGGCGGCGGUCCGGUCUCACCUGGAGGAGGACUGGUGUCAGGGGGGGGCGUGGAGCCUCUCGGCCCCCCCCCCGCCGGUCCCCGCUCAGACCCAGGCCACGCCCCCUCCGGUGCUGUCGGGGGCCCCGGCGAAGACCCUCGCGGUGACGGCCGAGGCCCCGGAGAGCCCCCCGAGCGAGCGGCCAGGAGACUCGGUGUCGUUGACGAAGAGGAAGAAGAGGAGGAGAAGACGGAGCCAGCUGCCGGAGGUCCGGCCGGACGGGCCCUCGGCCGCGGCGGAAAGCCGCCAUCGUGGACCGAAGACGUCCCUCUCUGAAACCGCCGCCGCCGCCGCCUUGAAGCAGAACUCCAGGAAGAAGAAGAAGAGGCUAAAAGAAGCGGGCGUGCAGCAGGAGAGCGGACGACGCCCCGCUGAGGACGACCGCCAUGACGACGACGACGGACCCCCGGCGCCGCGCCCCACCACCAACGGCCUGCAGAGCUCAGCCCCCGUGGUGCAGUGGGACAGCCAGGUGAAGGACGGCUACCGGCGGAGCCAGGCGCCGGCCCGCGACGAGGACGGCGGCGACGCCCACUCUGAGCGUGGCGACGCCCCUCCCAAGCCCCGGCCCGAGCCGGCCCGGGCGUCCUGGGACGCCGAGCGGCGCGGGGACGUGGUGGAGCAGCUCCUGAAGAACUCCACGGACAAGGCCUACGGCGCCAACGUCCUCAGCUGGGACGGAGAGCUGUCCUCCAUCAGCAGAGACGCCAUCCAGGACACCCGCGACGCCAUCAACGACAAAGUGAUCGAUGAGUGGGACGAAGACUUCGACACCGGGAAGGUGAAGAAAACCAAACUGUAUAAGAAGGUGAAGUGGAGAAGCGGGAGCAUCUUCCAGAAGAUCCAGGACCGGAAAAACAAGUGGUCCGUGACCCCGGGGGGCAAGAUGGCCUUCGGGGUCCGUCGCUGAGGGCCCCCACCCCCCAGGACCUGGACCUAGUGCUAGACCAGGACCUAGUGCUGGACCUGUUCCUAGUACUGGGCCCUGACCUGGACCGGGACCUAGAACAGGACCGGGACCUAGAACAGGACCUGAACCUGGGCCUAAACCUGGGCUGUGACCUGGUCCUGCACCGGGUUUAGUCCUGGGCCUUGGCCUGGACCUUGGCCUGGACCUGGACCUGGUCCUGGACCUGGUCCUACACCUGGUCCUAGACCUGGUCCUAGACCUAGACCUGGACCUGGUCCUAGACCUAGACCUGGACCUGAGUCAGGAGCAGCCCCUCUGUGCCGGACUCCGGUCGGUGAAUCGACCCCCAAAAUUGAGAAUGACAAAAGCCAACCCAGACUAUCCUGUACCAAGAGUGUCUCGGGCUACAGACCAGGGACCACUCUUACCCCCCCCUCACCCUCCUUUCUACCCCCUUUUGUACGACAGUCAAAGCCCCUGCAUCUCACCCGGCAUCGAACACAGAGACCUGGCCUUUUUAGUGGCGCCCCUUCACCGUAAAACUUGUAAUAGAUUUGCAGCCGCACAACAUGUAAUAGAUGAGAAUGAACAAAUGUACAUAGCAUGCCUGGAAGCUCCUGGGAUCGCUUUGGGUGGAAGGUGAGCAACUAUAGAGGGACGGCCAUUUGUACAAACGACCGUCUGUCAAACUCGCCGGCCCCCCAUCCAAUCCCAGAGCACCUUAGUUUAGGUUCAUUUUGAUUUUAUGGCGGUAUGAAUUGUACUUCAGAGUCUGCCACUUUUAUUUUGUUUUAUGAAACCAUAUUCGACUUGCGCAUUGUUGCGAGUUGGAAUUUCACAUCGAACAGAUACUUUAAACUGCUAAAAAAAAAAGAAGCAAAUUGUUUUUUUGCCACCAAGAUAAUAUAUUUCUUAUUUACUGCCAUUAGAUUUCUUUUGUUUUCCCUCAGAAAGUUAUCGUUUGAUUUUGCUUAUUUUUUAAGUUUCAUGGUAAAUGCCUUUUUAGGAACAACUUGAUUUCAAGACAGAAAAAGUCACCCAAUCGGACAGAGGCUCUCAAACGACCCACCAAUGGCACGAGCGCUGUCAAAACGAACCACCAAUGACGGGAAAUUCCUUUCAAAUCAAAUGUGACUCAAUAGUUGCAACAUGCAUCCUCCCUCACUCUGCUUAUGGCGAACGACCUCUGAGCCUGGACGGUUGACCUUGAAUGCGUUGUGUGUUGACCCUGAAUGCGUCGUGUGUUAACCCUGAAUGCGUUGUGUGUUUUUCAUGAAUGCGUCGUGUGUUGACCUUGACUGGGUCGUGGUGUGUUGACCUUGAAUGCGUCGUUGUGUGUUCACCCUGAAUGCUCUGUGUGUUGACCUUGAAUGCGUUGUGUGUUGGCAGGGGUCCUAAUGUUUUAAAGCGUGAAUAGUAUCGCAGAACGUUUGACUCACUAGUUCGGCCCAGCGCUCUUCAUCUUCUGUACAUCUUGAUAUCCGGUCUUUGGCACGAAACACCUCUGCCAUCCUGAACACAUAAACGGUUGAACCCUGAAGAACUGCGUCUGGGUGUGGCUUUCAUGCGCUGCCUUGUCCGAACCGUUUCCUCCUCUAUGCAAACACCUGAACAUCCUUUAGUUUAAAAUCUGCGUGACUCAAGCUGUCCCUCGGGAAUGGUUC